AUGAUGAAGAAUUUAUUUUUACAAUCAAAAAUUUUAUUUUCGCCUUUAUUUAACAUAUCUGCCAGGACAAUAUUUAAACCACCAACAAAUAUUCCAUAUUUGGGUAUUUACAGGACUAAUGGUGAAAUAUGUAGAAAGGAUGAUUUAUUAGUUUAUCAAAAAAGUAUGAAUUAUCAUCCAGGAGCCAACGUCCGAUGGCAUUCUUUUAAUGGUAGGCAUAUGUUAAAAGCUAACUGUGAUGGAACUGUUUUAAUAACUCGUGAAGAUUGUAAUCCUGAUCCAAAUAUUAAAUUGAUGGAGGAUCUCUACGGCUUUAGAAAUUAUGAAAAUAUUUAUAAAUUGACUUUUAAUGUAAUUCCAAGAAAGAUGUCAAAUACGUUUUCACUUUUGGAUGAAGAAUGAUUUUAUUUUUUGUUUUGUUUGUUUUACAAUAAAAGUUUAUUUUUAAAUUUAAUUUUUGAUAGUGCUUUAUCAAAGCUUAUAUUUAAAUAUUUGAGAUCUAGAGUUGUACUCUGAACUUCGGAGUGGAUAUCUUUAAAAUUAAUUUAUAUCAUCAUGGGACAGAAAUCCUUGUUUUUAGCGCGGCCAUUUCAGAAAAAUCGCUGAAGACGAGGUUC